AUGCACGGCAGGGUGUUCAGCAGCAGUACCCCGACCUCCACCCACGAGGCCCCGGGGGCACCGUCCCAGUUGACCGUGUCCCAGGGCAGUGGCCUGGAGCUGAGCGCCCCCAAAGGAGGGCCCCAAGUGAGCCUCUGCCUGUGUAGAACUGCAGCUGAGAUGCUUUGCACGGUGGUCACAGACAGCAAAGGAAAGUCUGCUCAUGGAAUCCGGUGCCGUGAAGAGGCUGAGAGACCACCACCAUCACCACCACCAUCACCAUCAUCACCACCACCAUCACCACCAUCACCACCACCAUCACUGCCAUUAUUGUCACCAUCACCACCACCACCACCAUCAUCACCAUCAUCAUCACCACCACCACCACCAUCACCACCACCAUCACUACCAUCACCACCAUCACCACCACCAUCACCACCAUCACCACCACCACCACCACCAUCACCACCAUCACCACCACCAUCACCAUCAUCAUCACCAUCACCACCAUCACCACCACCACCACCACCAUCACCACCAUCACCACCACCAUCACCACCAUCACCACCAUCACCACCACCACCAUCACCACCACCAUCACCAUCAUCACCAUCACCACCAUCACCACCAUCACCACCACCAUCACCACCAUCACCACCACCAUCACUGCCAUUAUUGUCACCAUCACCACCAUCACCACCACCAUCACCACCAUCACCACCACCAUCACCACCAUCACCACCACCACCACCACCAUCACCACCAUCACCACCACCACCACCAUCAUCACCAUCAUCAUCACCAUCACCACCAUCACCACCACCAUCACCACCAUCACCACCAUCACCACCAUCACCACCACCAUCACUGCCAUUAUUGUCACCAUCACCACCAUCACCACCACCAUCACCACCAUCACCACCAUCACCACCACCAUCACCACCAUCACCACCACCACCACCAUCAUCACCACCAUCACCACCAUCACCACCACCACCAUCACCACCAUCACCACCACCAUCACCAUCAUCAUCACCAUCACCACCAUCACCACCACCACCACCACCAUCACCACCAUCACCACCACCAUCACCAUCAUCACCACCAUCACCACCAUCACCACCACCACCAUCACCACCACCACCACCAUCACCACCACCAUCACCACCAUCACCACCAUCACCACCACCAUCACCACCACCACCACCAUCAUCACCACCAUCACCACCACCACCACCACCAUCACCACCAUCACCACCACCAUCACCAUCAUCAUCACCAUCACCACCAUCACCACCACCACCACCACCAUCACCACCAUCACCACCACCAUCACCAUCAUCAUCACCAUCACCACCAUCACCACCACCACCAUCACCACCACCAUCACCACCAUCACCAUCACCACCAUCACCACCAUCACCACCACCAUCACCACCAUCACCACCACCAUCACUGCCAUUAUUGUCACCAUCACCACCAUCACCACCACCAUCACCACCAUCACCACCACCAUUACCACCAUCACCACCACCACCACCACCAUCACCACCACCACCACCAUCAUCACCAUCAUCAUCACCAUCACCACCAUCACCACCAUCACCACCACCAUCACCACCAUCACCACCAUCACCACCACCAUCACUGCCAUUAUUGUCACCAUCACCACCAUCACCACCACCAUCACCACCAUCACCACCAUCACCACCACCAUCACCACCAUCACCACCAUCACCACCACCAUCACCACCAUCACCACCAUCAUCACCACCAUCACCACCACCAUCACCAUCAUCAUCACCAUCACCACCAUCACCACCACCACCACCACCAUCACCACCAUCACCACCACCAUCACCAUCAUCAUCACCAUCACCACCACCACCACCACCACCAUCACCACCAUCACCACCACCAUCACCAUCAUCAUCACCAUCACCACCAUCACCACCAUCACCACCACCACCAUCACCACCACCAUCACCAUCAUCACCAUCACCACCAUCACCACCAUCACCACCACCAUCACCACCAUCACCACCACCAUCACCACCACCAUCACCACCAUCACCACCACCACCACCAUCAUCA